AUGCGUCUUCAAUCGACGGCCGUGUAGUGAAGUGAUUCUAUUCGAUUCUAAAUUCGAAAAACUGAUUCUAAAUUCAAAAUCUGGUUUUGAAUUGAAAAAUCUGUGUCUCAGUGUGUGUUUUGUGCAUUCAGUGGUUCCCGAAUAAAGCUGGCCAUGGAUUACGAUUCGCUGGUCUACUCGCAAUUAGCGAAUUACUAUGAUGAAUUGAUGAACCGAGCAAUACAAGUGAAACCAGCAGAUAGCGAGAAUAGAGGAGAUCGAAAGCUGUUCGUUGGCAUGCUGAGCAAACAACAGACAGAAGAGGAUGUUCGGCAGUUGUUCACACCGUUCGGAACUAUAGAAGAGUGCUCCAUACUGCGAGGUCCCGACGGGGCGAGUAAAGGCUGUGCGUUCGUAAAGUUCAGUUCACACCAGGAGGCGCAAGCAGCGAUCACGAGCCUGCACGGAAGUCAAACUAUGCCGGGCGCGUCCUCCAGCUUGGUGGUGAAGUUCGCGGACACGGAGAAGGAGCGGCAACUCCGGCGCAUGCAGCAGAUGGCCGGCAACAUGAGCCUGCUCAACCCGUUCGUGUUCAACCAGUUCGGAGCUUACGGCACCUACGCACAAGUCAUCACGGAGCAGCAACAAGCCGCGCUUAUGGUGGCUGCCACUGCGCAGGGCUAUAUCAGUCCGAUGACGGCCCUGGCGUCGCACGCGCUCAACGGCAUGGCUAACUCCGUCGUACCCCCCACCUCCGAUAACUACACUGGUCUGGCGAUAGGCACUGGAGGUGCGCAGCCGCUGAACGGCGCGCUGCCGUCGCUGCCGUCCCCCACCAUGCCCGGCUUCAACAUGGCCGCGCAAACCGCCAACGGGCAGCCCCCGCCGCAAGAGGCGGUCUACACCAAUGGCAUCCACCAGACGUUUACUGGACCGGUGCCAGUGACCGCACAGGGCCUGCCAAACGGGGAGGCAGCAGCCCUCCAGCACGCGGCGUACCCGGGCAUGCAGCCCUUCCCCGGAGUCGCCUACCCGGCGGUAUACGGGCAGUUCCCGCAGCCGAUACCACCACCGAUGUCCACUAUAGCCCCAGCGCAGAGAGAAGAUUUUCUGAUGUUCCCAGGCUGCUCGAUCUCCGGCCCCGAGGGCUGCAACCUUUUCAUCUACCACCUGCCCCAGGAGUUCGGUGAUGCUGAACUGAUGCAGAUGUUUCUGCCCUUUGGCAACGUGAUCAGCAGCAAAGUCUUCAUAGACCGCGCUACCAACCAGAGCAAAUGUUUUGGCUUUGUAUCGUUCGACAACCCGACAUCGGCCCAGGCCGCGAUCCAGGCGAUGAACGGCUUCCAGAUCGGCAUGAAGCGGCUGAAGGUCCAGCUGAAGCGGCCCAAGGACGCCAACCGGCCUUACUAACCAUAGACGCCGUCCCUGCGCGUUCACUACGCGUCUUACAUGGUGGUCGGUGUAUCCUAUUACCACCAGCCAGCGACGCGCGUGAUCGCGCAUUAUCAACCAUUCUAAGGAAUUUACACAUUUAUUGUAUAGUAAAUAUCAUUACCAUACAUACUUACCUAAAGAAUUAUGCAAGCCCACUCGGCGAGUAUACUAAAUUAGUUAAAGUAAUUUUAAAAAUCAGCGCGUAGGAAUGCUUCAUUCUUAUCAUUAUCGAUUAAUCAUUAAAUUACUCUAUUAUAUUAUUAUAUAUACAAUUUAUUAACUUUGAUUAAAUUAUUAUUAUUAUUAAAAUGACACGUUAUUAAAAAUUUUGUCAUUCGUAAUCAUACUUCUACUUCUAAGUACUUAACGUUUAACUGAAACUUUAACAUAAAUUUAUUAUACUAGUUAUUUGCUUGAACUAAGCCAAACUGAAUUUAUUAAGUAAGUUGAAAAUGUAAGAAAGAAUGUAUUUUAAUUAUUGUAUAUUGCAACAAAUUGUAGCGUCCGUGUGCGCUCGCGCCGGCGCGGCGGCGUCCGGGCGCGCGCUGGCGCCUCGCCUCGGGCACUGUUGGCUCCCGCGGCUACUGAUACACUAAUAUAAGUGCUCGGUAUAGAUCACUAUGGAAAUUUGAGAAUAUAAAUAUGUCCUAUAUUUUGUUAUAUUCUAUUAUGUGUGUGUCUGUAUUGUAAGCUGGGGUGUACCACACGGCAGCCGCCUCCGACUCCCGUAACAAGCUGCCUUGUUAGUGUAAUCCUUGGAUCCUAAUGUUUGAAUGAGGCGAGAUCCAGCCUUUGCUGUCUGAAUUCAGACUAGAUGACGUAGAUGUUUGUGUUGCGAGUGGGCCGGAUUCCCGCCUCAAUCGAAGCUCCGCCGCCGACACCUACGAUACCCGCUACUAGCACACGCCGCCCGCAGCCUCUCUGCCUGGUACGCCCGGCACCUCACAAACUACAUGUUAGUGAAGGAUGUUGUCCAAAUUAAAUGUUUGUAUUUAACGCUGUGUACAAAUCAAAGUGCACUUCAACAAGACCGAAUACUUGGCCUUCGUUUCGAAAGAACGUGUUAUUAUGUGUUGUAAAUUCCAAAUGGGCUGUGAUAUAAAAUGUAUAAUAUCAACAUAAUGGACUGUACAGGCCGUUCGUCUCUAUUGCAUAUAUGUUGCGCUCUUUGUGCCCGCGCCGCCGCGUCAAGUCGUUCUUACAAAUUGGAAUAACGUUAAGCGAUCCCAAAGAUUUAACUUAUUGUCAGUUUUGUACAAAUAGUAUAUGAAUAUCUAAGAAACUAACGUCUAUAAAUUGACAAAGUAAAGUACAAAAUUCAAUAAUCAAAAUUUGCGAUACUUUCUGAAGUUGUUCUAUACAAAGAAAAAAAAAACACUAUUUUUAUACAAAAACUAGAAAGUUUCAGGAAAUAUCACAUAUUUUACAAAAACUUAAAAUCUCACCUGAUUCAAUUUCAAAAGCUGACGUGUCGGCGCGGGCGCAGCUCUCGCUGCAACGCGAAGUCAAUUCUCAAGAGCGUGCUUCCCCAAAUUUAUUUUGUGCAUUCGUGUGUGUGUGUCUAUUCAUAUUAUAAACUAUUUAUUCGUGAUAAGGUAUUAAAUACAAUAAAUGUGGCAAACCGCGCCCGGGGAGGCAACAGUGCUUAAACGCGAUCUGAAUACAAAACUAGUGUAAUUUCUAUACAGACAAAAAUAGAUUCAUAAUCAAAAAGUACCAAUAUAAAUAUAAAAUAACAAUGAGAUACCUUAGAUAUAUAGUGUGCGCGCGGGCGGGUAUUCACCCGGUGCGCCGGAGUAGUGUUGAUGGCGGGCGACGCGGGCCCCGCCGGGCGGGCCAGGGCGGCCUCUUCUUCCUUCGCUUCAACCUCCUACUUAUUUGCUUUUGCCAUACUCUAAACAUAUAACCUGACACGGAUAAAUCGCACAAUUCAACAUCCGACAUCGGAUUGAAAAAACCAAACCACGCUUUAUGAGUUACCGUCAAUAUCCUAUACUUAUGACCCAUGGUGGAUGGUUCACAGUAUUGCGCUUUUCAUCAGGUAACAUAAACUGAGUAUCUAAAUAGAUCCUUCGAGUUAAACUUUCCUUGCACAAAUAUAUAACACAAACUUCAAGGGUCAUCUUAGAAAUAAUGAUAGAUAAUAAGAUAUAACUUAAUUGCGACUCGAUUUGAGUCAAUUUAAAUUUGUAACCUCAGAGCAAUGGUAACAAGUAGAGCGUGGUGUCGCCUCGCCGCCCCGGCCGGCCCGGGCGCGCCCGCUCCCCCGCGCGGUCGCGUCUGAGCGCCGGUCCGGAGACCGGCCGCCGGACGCACGCCGCCCGCCUCUAGUCAAAUAUUACACUCACCACAAGACAUAGAAUUUUAUAUUUACACAAAUAUAAUUAUAUUAUAUUAAUAAAGUAUUCUAGUUUUAGGCGUUUGAUUUAUGAGUAGGCUGAGUGCAUUAUACGAUACACAAAAGUUGUCGUUUAGUCUAGUAUUUCCUUUAAACUCACAACUGUGCAAUAUCGUUACGCUUUUUAAUUGUUUUAGAGUCGUUUUUGUGUUGAAGCAUUUUUUAUUUAUUCGUUUAUGUUAUGUUACAGUUUAGAUAAUUCGUCGAAGUGGUCUCGUUUCGUUAACCGACUGUAGAGCCGGCCUCAUGAUGCAUUACUGUACAGGGACAGUUAGUAUGGAACGGGAAUUGAAACACGUGAACAUUGGCACCUCUAUCAAUGAAAACGUGGUAUUGCAAACUUCUCACUCCGGUUACAUAGAUCAAAGUCCACAUAACCCUCGUCAGCAUCGCAGGAGUGUGUUUUGCAUUGUGCGCCGCGCUCGGUCGAGCGGGAGCGGGGAGUGCAGCGGAGCGGCGGCGACCGCGCCGCGUGCUAGUUAGGUUACAGAUAAAUCGAUGCCAAAACCGAAACACGUAUACUUAGUAUAUCGAUUAUCGAUAAUAUCACGUCGUGGGUAACGUAGAAUUAAACGCCCGGGCGCGGCGGACGGUGGGACCGCGCCCGGGCCUUAAUAAUAUUAUGUACUUAUAUCUUUAUACUGAUUAAAAUUAAAUUCCCUAAAGAUAUAUUGCGGUGACGCGAACGUUUGUAAUCGCGAACGUUUAAAUAGAUAUUAAUGAGUCCUCUCUGAAUGUAAAAAAAAAAACAAUCGCCCAUAAAAGUGAUUCUAGGAUACAGGGUAUGCUUUGCAAUUAUUUAAAUGUAUCUAAAUAUUUUUCAUGUAGGCAGAUUUUGCCGAAUCUCUGAUUAGACUACGGCUCGAUCGUACGCCCGCAGGCGACUCUCGCGUCGCCUCUCUUCCGGGUCCACUAAUAGUCUGUCGCGACUUUUUAUACUUCUCGUACUAUGGUAGCGUAACCGACUCAUCCUCACUUCAUCCUGUCCAUCUGCGACGGUAACUGACUCACGCUUUGCUGUUUUUGUUGAAGCGCACCUGCGAGCACUUCCAUUUCAAAUUAGCGACUUUGUAUUACUGAAGUAUCCUCAUUCACUUGUCAUUACAUGUAUUAUAUCAGUGACUACGACUGUCGCUGUAGCUCUUCAGGGCGAGCAGACAGCUUCAAGAUACAAUUUCCAAAUGCUUUUCCGUACAGGAACUGACACUCAUUUAAAAUUUUAAAAAUACCUCUGUUUGUUACAAUAGAAUCCUGGAAGUUGUUAAUUCAUAUCCAAACUGCUUGUGCUGAAGAGCAAUGUGAGGUCUCCAUGCCGUCACUGGCGAACACUGAUCGGCAACAUUAGUAUUACGAAAUCGAAUUUCUAUGAACUAUUUAACUUCUAAAAUUUUAUAAAAAUAUUUAUAUCGUUCGCAUUUUCAAUUGGUCGUAGCGCUCGCGUAGACGUAACAUUUUCCACGCACUCAAGGACGUUUGAAUCGUUUGUAAAGUUUUGGUCGAAGGCGAAUCGUUAUUUAGACAAAUAGGUAGUCUCAUCGUCGAAUGGUGGUCGCGGCUGCGCACGCGCAACUACUCGAGUACUCGCCACGUAUCACCGUUCGAUACUAGUCAGUAAGAUGAAUGCCAAUAUUUUAAUCAAAAAAACAAAACCUAGGAUUCGGAAUAACUAAUCAUAUUAUAUCUAUUUAUAUAAUAAAAAUAUGGAGAGAGGCGCAUAGUGCUUUUAUUGAAUCGUAGGUCUUAGUAAUGAAACAAAACGUCUAGUCAUAUCUCUUUCUGUUAUUUAUUUUUUCUAUCGCUUAGCAUAGUUUAGCUUCAAGCACACUUUUAUCUAUUUAAUUCUCUAUGUAUACACCUCGGUAUGAAUCUUAACUACUUUAUUGAUAAUGUAAACAUUCGUUUAGAUGAAUAUUUGUCGAUUUUCUAUUCUGAAAAUCGCCCGCAAGAGAAGAUCCUACAGAAUUAUUGUCUGCAACUAUGUAACUACCUUCAUUACUUAUAUAGAUAUAUUUUAAAGAUAUUCCGACAAUGUUAUACGUACAUACGUUUGCUGUAUCACAGUUUUUGAUAAGUUAUCCAGAAUAUUGUCUUAUUUCAUUCAUAGUUAUUCCCUAGAAUAAGAUUUAAUGAGAUAAUUUAUUGGUAUAGGAUUGUAGAACGAGUUAUGAAUGGUAUAACCGUUUGGUUAAGUUAGGAGUUAUAAAGUUAAAGUAAGGCGAGUUAUUGAAAGUAUAUGAAUUAACUCAUAACAAGUAGUUCUGCAAACGAUUGUUGACCGUUGUACUAACAUUGCGACCACUGAUAAGUUAGAAGUGUAACUCCAAUGGAGAUUUGGAAAUUCGCGCCGUCCGUACAGAUCUCUAAACAACUGCUUAUUAACUCGUAACUCGAUUAUGUUUGCAAUAGUUUUGGACGCUUUGGAGACAGUAUGAUUCUGUCGUAGAAACAGAAAUUUCUAGUACUUACAGUGUCUUAGUCAAAUGUGACCCAUAGACGUCAUCCGGUUGGAUGUAUAAAUUAGUUCCAUACUCGAUGUACAUACAUAAUGUGACGUCAUAUCUUUAGGAGCUUACUAGCCUUUUGCCCCGAGAGUCUCGGGCGGGUGACAGGGUGUCGCUGUUAAUGCUAAGUGAAAAUCAUAAUCAUUAACCGUUUUAGAUAAACAGCCCGAAUUUUAUAACGUAAGGCUAAUAUUACGAUGGGCGACAUAGGUGUACUCAACUUGGAGGGGCGCGUGUUGGGGGCGCGUGUGUCUGUAUGAAAUGAGAAUAGGAUCGUAAGCUCAUAAAAUAUUUACCAACAGAUAAAAAAAUGUGAUUGUAUCAAUAUGAUGGUUUUAUUAACCUUUCAUAUUGUGUCCCAGCACUGAAGAGAUGCAAGUCCGUAGUGUUCAUAGUAGAUACGCUGCAAAUUCUAUUCUCGUUUCAAUCAGAUAGUAAAUCUUGAUAUUUACGACAUGAGAGCUUCGGACUGGAGUUAGAAUAGCAAUUAGUCGCGAUGUUCUUAACAAGUUUCAUAUAGAUAGGGCUAGAAACCUCGGCCCGGCCAGUCGUCCAAGCCACUUUGAAAACAAUAGCGCGACCCAGCAAGGAACUGCAACCUAGUACACAUUGUUCUGGAUAACUUAUAUUGGAAUAGUUUAAGAAUACAACCUAUACAAAUGGCACCUUUAUUCGGAAUUAUUCGUAUCGAUUUUUAAUUGCAGAUUUUGAAUAAGGAUAGAUACGUUUAGCGAAUCGAAUGAUUCGGAACAAAGGGCGACAGUGUAGCAAAGGGACGCCGCGCGGCGUCUGUGAUAUACGCUUGUAAUGAUCGUCCAUUGACCUACUGUAUGUUAUCGCGACUUCUUCACGUUGCGUUUUGUUUCUAGGCGUCCUACGCAGCAUAUGCGUUUGGCACAAGUUACAAUGUAUAAAGAUUAAGUUAUGAUAUUAUAUUGAACUUGCAGACUAACUCUGCACGCUAAUAUUAAUACAACUAUGAUUGACAAACUGGCUCGUUUAUAAAGAUAUCAUAUUCCAUGUUUAUUUCAAAUAGGUUUAAAUGACAAUAAAGUUUAGUUUGGCAAUCAUAGCGAUUCAACUUCCUAACCCCAUUUCCUCAAUCGGAUACGAGGGCGACGUUCGGAGUCAUAGAUUUGCACGGCACAAGCGACGGAUUUGACUUCAGAGGACUAAAGUCCGCCAAUACCUCAUGUGUGAUGUAGCGCACUUGUUAAUAUUUUAUCCUCUUUAAACAAUUAGUCCGUAGUUAGCAAAAGUUAAUAUGAGAUAUUUUCGGUCCACCGGAAAUUUGCUUCACCCAAUAGUUAGCUCGUGUAACUUGUACUGAUGACGUGGCAGCAAUGGCGGCCGAGUAUCCGAAUUGAAGUAAUGUCCGCAAACUGUAUGAGCUAGGAUAAGGUACAAAUUGAUUAGCGUCAUUUGUUUGGCAUGUACACUGUACAAUGAGCAACCAGAGUUUAACUUCAGUGCAUUUGAUAGCUAGCUAUUGAAAUGUUUAUUCUCGUAUAUUGUUAUAGUUCGCCAAAGAUUUGUAAAAUAAGAGAGUUAUGCGGUCACUUUGGAACGUCGCUAGUUAAUUGUUCAGUUUUAUUUAUUUAUAUUUAUUGAAUAGAAUAAUCUGAUUGUAAUUAGCCAAAGAUGGACUGCGUUUGUAGACCACACAUUAUUAUGGAACUAAUACAAUAAAUAAUUCGCCUACUUUGCAUGUCUAAUUUAGUUAAUGAACGUUUAAACUUAUUAUCGAGUUAUUAAUAUGUAAAUUGCUGAAAUAUUUCAAAACUAAAUUACUAUUCAAUUAUUUAUACACUUAUUACGUUUAGUAUGCUAGAAAUAUGA